GACAGAGCCACUGGCACUGCCACCAGCAGCCUGGCCAGACGUGCCUGGUAACGAAUCUCCCUCGGUGUCCUUCAGGUUUGUGUCCUUUUGGAGCUGCCUGGUGACUUAAUUCCCUCCUUGUCCUUCAGAUUUGUGUCCUUUUGGAGCUGCCCCCAGGGGGGGAAAAGCAUCGGUUGAGCUUUUUUUUUUUUAAUUUUAUUUUUGGUCUUAACUCGCAGCUUGGUGACACCACAGGCACGAGAUGUGGCUGCUCAUUGCAGUCCUGCUCCUCGUUCAAGCGCCCACGAGCUCCGAAGGUGCCACCAAGCAGAAGAAGGCUCUGAACCCCGAGGCUCUCAUGAACGUUAGCCAAAUCAUCUGCCACAGAGGGUACCCCAGUGAGGAGUAUGAAGUGCUGACUCGUGAUGGCUACUACAUCCACCUAAACAGGAUCCCUCAUGGAAGAGAAAAGCCUAAGAACAGAGGGGCCAGGCCAGUGGUGUUUCUCCAGCACGGGAUAUUUGGAGAAGGCAGCCACUGGGUGGAAAAUCUGGCCAACAACAGCCUUGGCUUCAUACUAGCAGACUCUGGCUAUGAUGUGUGGCUGGCAAACAGCCGGGGGACGAGCUGGUCCCGGAGACACCAGCACCUUUCAGCUGACCAGGUGGAAUUCUGGGAUUUCAGCUUCCAUGAGAUGGCAAUGUUCGACCUGCCGGCCACCAUCGACUUUGUGCUGCAGAAAACGGGGCAGAAGCAGCUGCACUACGUUGGAUACUCCCAGGGCUGCUCAGUUGCGUUUAUUGCGUUUUCAUCCCUGCCCGAACUGGCUCGGAAAGUCAAAAUGUUUUUUGCCCUGGCUCCAGCAGUGUCACUGAAGCAUGCCAGAAGUCCAUUCAUGAAGAUGCAGCUCCUUGUGGACAACAAGCUCCAGAUGAUUCCGCUGCUGCUGGGCAGAACGGACGCGUCCCUGCGCAUCAGGAAGCUGUGGCGCUUUCUCCCCGAGCUCUGCAGGCACACGCUGCUGCACAGGCCCUGUGCCAACCUCCUCUUCCUGCUGGGGGGCUACAACGAGAAGAACCUCAACAUGACACGGCUGGAUGUGUACACAUCCCACUAUCCAGAUGGCACCUCUGUCAAAAACAUCGUCCACUGGGCCCAGGUGAUAAAAUCCGGAGAAUUCAAAGCCUUUGACUACGGCAGCGAGAACCCCGCUAGGUACCACCAGGACACCCCGCCCUUGUACCGCGUGGAGGACAUGCCGGUGCCCACGGCGGUGUGGUCGGGAGGGCAGGACUGGGCAGCUGACUGGAGGGACGUGCUCCAGCUGCUGCCCCGCAUCAGCCACCUCGUCACCUACACCCACAUCCCCGACUGGAACCACUGGGACUUUGUCUGGGGCCUGGACGCCCCUGGGCGCCUCUACAGCAGCAUCCUGAGGCUGAUGGAGGGGUCCCGGUAGAGCAGCGGCUCCCGGGGGAGGUGCCGGUGGCCUGGGCCCUGUCCCUCAGCUGAGACAGCCCGAGGAGAGGGUGGGACACUGCCUGCUGUCCCCUCCUUCCUGCUGGCCUGACACGCUUGUGGUGAUGGUGCUUUCUACACGUCCCUUGGUUGUUGGGUCUCUCCUCCUUGCUUGGGAGCUCCUCAAGCCCUGGUGGCACCGUGCUGGGAGGGCAGCGCCGGGAUCAGCCGAGGCACCGGAGCAGACAGGAGCCACCAGCCCUGCUGGAAGGGCUCCAACAUGAUGGUGCUGAGCCAGGGGCACAUGGGGACCAUGCCAUGACCCGCCGGUGGGUUGUGGGUUAGAGCAGCCAGGCUGUGAGGAGGUGGGAGGGAGCUGGGCCUGUUGGGUCUGGCUGUGGGGGGACAGGCUGAGAGCAGCCCCCCAGCCAUGGCACACAACGGAAUGCAGGGGAUGCAUGAGGCCAAACCCUUCUUGGCAGCAGCAACAGGUGAUGCAGUGAGGGGUUCUGGACCCAGAUUGCAGCCCAGGGGUUUCAGGUUGGAUUUGGAAAAUCCUUUUUCCCCAAGAUAAGCCCCCAGGAAGUGGAAGGUCUCCAUCUGGGCCAAGCCAGGCAGCUGCCUGCAUUUUUUGGGCAGGGACUCAGUGGCCAAAGGUCCCAUGGAAUGGCUGCUUGGCCCAGCACCAAGACACUGGGAAUGAUCAUCCCUCAUCCCUGGGAUCUGGUGACCCAAAUGCCCUGGGCUAGGUUGCAGCUUCCCAUGGGAAGCUGCUGCCAGGCUGAUGUCCCCAGCCCAUCCCACCCUGCUGCUUGCUGCAAACCCGGAGGUGGGGAAAAUCCCUUCCUAAAUAAAUACUCAAAGGGGA